UAGCAUGCUACAGCCAGCAUGACAGCUCAGGGAAAACACAUCGUUUGAGAGCGCCAGAGAGUGAAAGUAAGGGAUAAGGAGGAGAGAAAGAGGAGUAUCGAGAAAAGUAGGAAGAAGAUAAACAUCAAGACUGUAAGAAAUGAAAUAAAGGAAGUCUCGUCAAUCCAAGCCUCUCGUCCAUGUCUUUCUCUUCCCCAGCAUAUUAGGACUAUUUGGUCAUCACAAUGGCCCACAACCAAAGCAUUCCCCUUCGCCUCCUGUCCAACUUCUCCCUCCCCCAAAUCAUCCCUCCAUCCCUCACAAACCCCUCCUCGUCCCUCUUUCCGUUCUCCUCCUCGACAUCCCCCUCCCUGUUCCUGUCCACCUCCAUGCACAACCUGAACACCACCAACACGUCUGUUUUCGGGGGAAACCAAAGCAUUGUGGGUAAUACCACCUCCACGACAGUAGGGGCUCUCAUCCUGUGUCUGGUCUUGCUGCUGGGCCUCCCCGGCAACCUCUUCAUCAUCUGGAGUAUCCUGGCGCGUGCCCGCCGCCGCUCCGUCACCACCCUCCUCAUCCUCAAUCUAGCGGUGGCCGACGGCUCACUCAUGGCGCUCACGCCCUUCUUCGUGAUCUACCUGGUCAAGAAGACCUGGGUUUUUGGCAACAUCAUGUGCAAGAUACUCUUUUACUUGUGCCUAGCCAACAUGUACGCCUCCAUCCAACUGAUCAUGCUGAUGAGCCUGCACAGGCUGGUGGCCGUGGUGUGGCCUAAGCGCGUCGCUGCACUUGCUGGAUGGAAGGCGGUACUGCGUGGGGUGCUGGUGCUGUGGACCAUGGUGCUGGUCGCGUCCAUCCCUGCGUUGCUGUUCAGGGACGAGCGGAAGACCGUGCACCCCAACGGGAAGAGCCGGGUCGUGUGUGAGUCGUUGCACAAGCAACAGAGUCAUGUGGUGCUCCAGUACACGUUGGAAACAGUGCUGGGAUUUGUAGUUCCUUACGGGGUGAUUAUAGGCAGCUACAUCUGCAUCCUGCGGCGGAUCAGGCAGACAAGGUUCAGGAGGAGGAUCCGCAGUGAGAAUCUCAUCCUGGCCAUCGUGGUAACCUUCGGUGUCUUCUGGUUGCCCUACCAUGUCAUCAACAUUGUGCAGGUUGCUGCAGCACUUUCUCCAAAGGAUUCAACUCUAAAAGCAAGUAAAAAAAAAAAUCUGACUGAAAAUUUAACUGCAGCGUACUGUAAAUUAUGGAGCAUUGUAGGAUAUUGCUGUUUUCAAAUCACAUUUUAUUGGUCACAUACACAUAUUCAGCAGAUGUUAUUGUGGGUGUGCAAAAUACUUGUGUUCCUAGCUCCAGCAGAGCAGUAGUAUCGAACAAUUCACAACAUUACACCAAUCUAAAAGUAAAAUAAUGGAAUAAAGAAAUAUAUAUAAAUAUUAGGACGAGCAAUGGCACUGACUAAAAACCUGUAUCGAAUACAGUUAAUACAUAUGAGAUGAGUAAAGCAGUAUGUAAACAUUAUUAAAGUGACGAGUGUUCCAUUAUUAAAGUGGCCAGUGAUUCCAUGUCUAUGUAUAUACGGCAGCAGCCUCUAAGGUGCAUGGUUGAGUAGCCAGGUGGUAGCCAGAUAGAAAUGGCUAUUUAACAGUCUGAUGCCCUUCAGUUAGAAGCUGUGUUUCAGUCUCUCGAUCCCAGCUUUGAUGCACCUGUACUGACCUCUCCUUCUGGAUGAUAGCGGGGUGAACAGGCCGUGGCUCUGGUGGUUGAUGUCUUUGAUGAUCAUUUUUGCCUUCCUGUGACACUGGGCGCUGUAGGUGUCCUGGAGGGCAGGCAGUGUGCCCCUGGUGAUGCUUUGGGCAGACGACACCCUCUGGAGAGCCUCUGGAGAGCCCUGUGGUUGCGGGAGGUGCAGUAAUACAGCCAGACAGGAUGCUCUCAAUUGUGCAUCCGUAAAAGUGUCUGAGGGUCUUAGGGGCCAAGACACAUUUAUUCAGCCUCCUGAGGUUGAGGAGGCGCUUGUUGCACCUUCUUCACCACACUAUCUGUGUGGGUGGACCAUUUCAGAUUGUCAGUGAUGUGUACGCCGAGGAACUGAAACCUUCCACCUUCUCCACUGUGGUCCCGUCGAUGUGGAUUGGGUCGUGCUCCCUGUUUCCUUUUGAUGAUUAUGUUGGAGGCUUACUUGGCCACUCAGUCAUGGAUGAACAAGGGAGUACUGGAGGGGGCUGAGCAUGCACCAUUGUGGGGCCCCUGUGUCGAGGGUCAGCGAAGUGGAGGUGUUGUUUCCUACCUUCAUCACUUGGGGGCGGCCUGUCAGGAAGUCCAGGACCCAGUUGCACAGGGUGGGGUUCAGACCCAGGGCCCCGAUUUUAAUGAUGAGCUUGGCGGGUACUAUGAUGUUGAAGGCUGAGCUUGGAUAAGAGCGUCUGCUAAAUGACUUAAAUGUAAUGUAAAUGUAGUCAAUGAACAGCAUUCUGACGAAUGUAUUUUGAAAAGGUGAGUAGCAGUGGUCUAGUGUUUUCCCUAAGCGAGUAAUACAGUCAAUGUGUUGAUAGCGUUUUCUGCAAAUUUGCUUUGUUAAAAUCCCCAGCUACAAUAAAUGUGGCCUCAGGAUAUGUGGUUUGCAGUUUGCAUAAAGUCCAGUGUAGUUCCUUUAGGGCAGUCGUGGUAUCGGCUUGAGGGGGAACAUACACGGCUGUGACUAUAACCGAAGAGAAUUCUCUUGGGAGGCAAUACGGUUGGCAUUUGAUUGUGAGGUAUUCUAGGUUGGGUGAACAAAAGGACUUGAGUUUCUGUAGGUUAUCUCAAUCACGCCAUGAGUAGUUAAUCAUGAAACAUACACUCCUGCCUUUCUUCAUCCUGGAGAGUUCUUUAUUCUUGUGUGCACGAUGAACUAAGAACCCAGCUGGCUAUAUGGACAGGGACGGUAUAUCCCGACAGAGCCAUGAUUCCGUGAAACAGAGUAUAUUACAGUCCCUGAUGUCUCUCUGUUCGGAGGUCCUCGCCUUAAGCUUGGCUACUUCAUUGUCCAGAGACUGAACAUUAGCGAGUAAUAUACUCCGAAUGGUACUGUAAUUCUACCCGACAGAAUACAGUUCCGUACCAUAUCUUUGGAGCCCCAAAAACCUUUUGAACACUAGUGGUUGCAUGGUAUUGUUGUUUCUGGCUCAUUAACAUAUUUUGAGGCGUGCCUUUUAUAAGAGGCCAUAUUUUUUGCACCUGUGAGGGAGAAUGCUGUACAACAUUCUGCUGAAAAGGCAGCGUGGGAAAUUCAAAAAUAUUUUCACAAAAACUUUCACACAUUAACAAGUCCAAUACAGCAAAUUAAAGAUACCCAUCGUGUCCGAUUUUUAAAAACACAACAUAUAUUUGUUAGAUCAUCACCAAAUCCAAAAAAACACACAGCCAUUUUCCCCAGCCAAAGAUGGUCACAAAAGCAGAAUUAGAGAUAAAAUUAAUCACUAACCUUUGAUAAUCUUCAUCAGAUGACCCUUAUAUGACAUGUUACACAAUACAUUUAUGUUUUGUUAUAUAUUAUGCAUAUUUAUAUCGACAAAUCUCGGUUUACAUUGGCGCCAUGUUCAGAAAUGCCUCCAAAAUAUCUGGAGUAAUUACAGAGAGCUACGUCAGAUAACAGAAAUACUCAUCAUAAACUUUGACAAAAGAUACAUGUUUUACACAUAAUUAAAGAUACACUGUUUCUCAAUGCAACCGCUGUGUCAGAUUUUUUUUAAACGUUACGAAAAAAGCAUACCAUGCAAUAAUCUGAGACGGCACUCAGUCGUAAAUAUAUUUCUCCGCCAUGUUGGAGUCAACAGAAAUACGAAAUUACAUCAUAAAUAUUCCCUUACCUUUGAUGAUCUUUCAUCAGAAUGCAGAGCAAGGAAUCCUAGUUCUGCAAUAAAUCGUUGUUUUGUUCCAUAAUGUCCAUUACUAGUGUCCAAUUAGCUACUUUUGCUAGCACGUUUAGUUCACAUGUCCAAAAGCUGGCGCUGGUCCAGGCGAACUCGGACGAAACUUCAAAAAGUUAUAUUCCAGGUCGAAUAAACUGGUCAAACUAAGUAGAGAAUCAAUCUUCAGGAUGUUAAUAUCAUAUAUAUGCAAUAACGUUCCAACCGGAGCAUUCGUUUUUGUCUACAGAGUAAUGGAACGCAAGGCGAUAUAAUGACUACUGUGCGUAACCAGGAACUGGCAUUCUGCCAGACCAGUGACUCAAAUAGCUGCCAUCCGGUCCCACAUCACACUAGAGGCUUCAUUCCACAUUCUACGGACUGUUGCCAUCUAGUGGAAGGCGUAGGAAGUGUGAACAGAUCCAUAUCUUAUUUGGAUGUGAAUAGGCGAUGAGUUGAAAAUCAACCAGCCCCAGAAUUUCCACUUCCUGUUUGGAAGUUUGCCUGCCCUAUGAGUUCUGUUAUACUCAGACAUAAUUCAAACAGUUUUAGAAACUUCAGAGAGUUUUAUAUCCAAUAGUAAUAAUAAUGGGACAGAGUAGGAGGCAGUUCACUAUGGGCACGCAAUUCAUCCAAAGUGAAAAUGCUGCCCCCUAUCCCUAAAAGGUUUAACUUAUGUCGUUAUAGUUCCCCAUCAUUUAAAAAUGUAUAGGGGACAGAUUGGAGUGGCAGAAAGUCUUAAACAUUAAAUUGGGGGUGUCAAACUCAUUUCAUGUAUGGUCUAGAGUCUGCAGGUUUACUUUGUGCAUAUAUUAGCAGCUUCUGAUUGACACAAAUAAUAUCAAUUAGCCUAUUGGAGGCGUACCUGUGAAUGUAUUUCAAGGCCUACCUUCAAACUCAGUGCCUCUUUGCUUGACAUCAUGGGAAAAUCAGAAGAUAUCAGCCAAGACCUCAUAAAAAAAUUGUAAACCUCCACAAGUCUGGCUCAUUCUUUGGAGCAAUUUCCAAAUGUCUGAAGGUACAACGUUCAUCUACACAAACAAUAGUACCAAAUAUAAACACCAUGGGACCACACCGCUCAGGAAGGAGAAGCGUUCUCUCUCCUAGAGAUGAACAUACUUUGGUGCGAAAAGUGUAAAUCAAUCCCAGAACAACAGCAAAGGACAUUGUGAAGACGCUGGAGGAAACGGACACAAAAGUAUCUAUAUCCCCAGUAAAACGAUUCCUAUAUCGACAUAACCUGAAAGGCCACUCAGCAAGGAAGAAGCCACUGCUCCAAAACCGCUAUAAAAAAGCAAGACUAUAGUUUGCAACUGCACACGGGGACAAAGAUUGUACUUUUUGGAGAAAUGUCCUCUGGUCUGAUGAAACAAAAAUAGAACUGUUUGGCCAUAAUGACCAUCAUUAUGUUUGGAGGAAAAAGGGGGAGGCUUGACAGCCGAAGAACACCAUCCCAACCGUGAAGCAUGGGGAUAGCAGCAUCAUGUUGUGGGGGUGCUUUUACAUUUACAUUUUACAUUUAAGUAAUUUAGCAGACGCUCUUAUCCAGAGCGACUUACAAAUUGGUGCAUUCACCUUAUGACAUCCAGUGGAACAGCCACUUUACAAUAGUGCAUCUAAAUCUUUUAG